GUAUUUAAAGAUAACUGUUGCAGGAGAGAACUGCUUGCCCUUCAGAUAUACUGCAGAAAUGAAAACAAGGGCUGUAAAGAACAACUUUCUUUGGGUCAGCUACUGAUGCAUUUGAAAACGGAUUGUCAGUUUGAAGAACUCGCGUGUCCCCGCGCUGACUGCAAAGAGAAAAUACUGAGGAAGGAUUUGCCAGACCACGUAGAGAAGACCUGUAAAUACCGGGAGACAACCUGUAAAUACUGUAAAAGCCAAGUCCCAAUGAUUAUGUUGCAGAAACACGAAGAUACAGACUGCCCGUGUGUCAUGGUUUCAUGUCCUCAUAAAUGUAGUGUUAAAACACUCAUGAGGAGCGAGUUGAAUGCACAUUUGUCAGAAUGUAUUAAUGCCCCAAGUACCUGUAGUUUUAAGCGUUAUGGCUGCACUUUUCAGGGAACAAACCAACAAAUUAAAGCACAUGAAGCCAGCUCAGCAGUGCAGCAUGUUAACUUAUUGAAAGAGUGGAGCAAUGCUCUAGAAAAUAAGGUGGCCUUGCUCCAGAAUGAAAGUUUGGAAAAGAACAAGAGUAUUCAAACUUUACAUAAUCAGAUUUGUAGCUUUGAAAUAGAAAUUGAGAGACAGAAGGAAAUGCUGCGGAAUAAUGAAUCUAAAAUACUUCACUUACAGCGAGUGAUAGACAGCCAAGCAGAGAAACUGAAAGAGCUGGACAAGGAGAUCCGUCCCUUUCGGCAGAACUGGGAGGAGGCCGACAGCAUGAAGAGCAGCGUGGAGUCCCUCCAGAACCGGGUGACGGAGCUGGAGAGCGUCGACAAAACCGCGGGGCAGGGAGCUCGAAAUACCAGCCUCCUGGAGACCCAGCUGAGCAGACACGACCAGAUGCUGAGCGUCCAUGACAUUCGGCUGGCUGACAUGGACCUCCGCUUCCAGGUUUUGGAAACUGCCAGUUACAACGGGGUGUUAAUUUGGAAAAUCCGCGAUUAUAAACGUCGGAAGCAAGAGGCGGUGAUGGGGAAGACUCUGUCCUUGUACAGCCAGCCCUUUUACACGGGAUACUUUGGCUACAAGAUGUGCGCCAGAGUUUACCUGAACGGCGACGGCAUGGGGAAGGGGACGCACUUGUCGCUGUUUUUCGUCAUCAUGCGUGGAGAAUACGACGCGCUGCUUCCCUGGCCCUUCAAGCAGAAGGUGACUCUGAUGCUGAUGGAUCAGGGACCGUCCCGACGCCACUUAGGAGAUGCUUUCAAGCCGGAUCCCAACAGCAGCAGUUUCAAGAAGCCGACCGGAGAAAUGAACAUUGCGUCCGGCUGCCCCGUCUUCGUGGCUCAAACUGUCCUAGAGAAUGGAACGUAUAUUAAAGAUGAUACUAUUUUUAUUAAAGUCAUAGUGGAUACAUCGGAUCUACCAGACCCCUGACAUCCGAUAGGGGAGGCGGAUUAAACAGAAGACGACUCCGUUUGGGGGUUUUAUAUCAGUUUGUCUUCAAUCAGAGGUCCUAAAGCUCACAGAACCACCUUGUGGAAGAGAGGGGAGAGUUUGAAGGCAUAACUGCAUAGGGUCCAAUUGCGAAAGUAGCAACACAUUAAGAAAUCAUACCAUGGUAUAUUUUUUAAUAGAACUAGCAACACUUAAGCUCUGAAGAAUCACUUAUCCCUCGUGAGGAUAAUGGUUAUGGUCAGAGAGGAAUCUUUGUUUUUUAACUUAUUAACGAUCUAGUCAAUUGGAGGUGAAAAGACGUAUACAGUAUGUGCUGAAUAAAUUACUGACUUUUCUUU